UUCUGGAUGUCAAUAUGCGGCUCGGUGCGGCGCUGGGAAACGGAACCACUGGAAAGAUGUAAACCAAGUAACCAGCGAAGACGAGCCUCAACGCAGACACUUAACCGUAACGGCCGCGGGGGGGAGAACCCGCACCUGACGUCCGUUAAAACGUAAACCACAACCCAAACCGGCAGCUCGUUGAGUCGCCGUCUCCCCCCGAAGCAGCAGCAGCAGCGGAGCGCUUUUGCCUCAAAGCAGCCAUCUUUUCGGUGAGGAGAAAUGUACGGGGCGACGCGGCGGGCCUGCUUCGGCUCCGGCUCCGGCUCCGGGGGCCGCGUCCGGAGCCUGCUGAUGCUGACGACCGCGCUCCUGCUCUCGGUCGCCGGGCUGCUCUCCGGGCUGCCCGGCGUCACCGAGGCGAAGGAGUGCGACAAGCCAUGUAUGAACGGGCAGUGCAACGCCGCCACCGGCAACUGUGUCUGCUUCCCCGGCUGGGUCGGGGACCAAUGCCAGCACUGCGGAGGGAGAUUCAGGUUGACGGGGCCCUCUGGUCAACUGACCGACGGUCCAGGAAACUACAAGUACAAAACCAAGUGCACCUGGCUGAUCGAGGGACAGCCGAACACAAUACUCCGACUACAGUUCAACCACUUUGCCACUGAAUGCAGCUGGGACCACCUUUACGUGUAUGAUGGAGACUCCAUUUACGCCCCGCUUCUCGCUGCCUUCAGCGGUCUGAUUGUUCCCGAGCGUUACGGGAAUGAGACGGUUCCUGAGGUGGUGUCUCAGUCCGGCUACGCCCUGCUGCACUUCUUCAGCGACGCCGCCUACAACCUGACUGGCUUCAACAUUUCCUACAGGGUGAACACGUGUCCCAACAACUGCUCGGGCCGCGGCGAGUGUCGCGUGAGGAACUCCACCGGUUCGGUGUACUGCGAGUGCGAGAGCAACUGGAAGGGCGGAGCCUGUGACGUCCCAUACUGCAUGGCCGACUGCGGCUACCCUGAUAGAGGUCGCUGCCAGGGCAAGACCUGCGUCUGCAAGGCCGGAUGGCAAGGUCCAGACUGCCUCGUCUCAGUGCCGGCCAACUCGUCCUUCUGGAGCCGGGAGGAGUACACCGAGGCCGGGCUGGCGAGGGUAUCCCACAAGGCCGUGGUGGACCAGGGCACCAUGUGGGUCAUUGGAGGCUACGUCUUCAACGCCUCCGACUAUCACAUGGUCAAAGCGUAUAACCUCAGCAGCAAGAGCUGGCUGACCCUCGACCCCUCCGUCCACACCGUCACGCCGCGAUACGGCCACUCACUGGCUCUUCACGAGGGUAAAAUCUACAUGUACGGAGGAAAGAUUGACUCAACGGGAAACGUGUCCAGCCAGCUGUGGGUCUUCCACAUCCAGAACCAGACCUGGGUCCUCCUGAGCCCCCGGGUCAAGGAUCAGUAUGCCGUGGUGGGACACUCGGCCCACAUUGUGACUCCCGUCCAGGACGGGGACGGCCCCGUCAUGCUGGUGAUGUUCGGACACUGCCCCCUGUACGGCUACAUCAGCCAGGUGCAGGAGUACAACAUCGGCAAGAACACUUGGAGCAUGGCGAGCACAGACGGUGCUCUGGUUCAGGGCGGCUACGGCCACAGCAGUGUGUUCGACCCCGGGACCAGAGGCAUCUACAUCCACGGAGGCUACAAGGCCUUCAGCGCCAACAAGUACGGCCUCGCUGGAGACCUGUACAAGUUCGACGUGGACAAGAGGAAGUGGACCAUUCUGCGCGACAGCGGCUUCUUCCGUUACCUCCACACAGCGGUGAUCGUGAGCGGGGCGAUGCUGGUGUUUGGAGGAAACACGCACAACGACACGUCCAUGAGCCACGGCGCCAAGUGCUUCUCCUCCGACUUCCUCGCCUACAGUCUGGCGUGUGAUGAGUGGACGGCGCUGCCUCGACCGGACCUCUACCACGACGUCAACCGCUUCGGGCACUCGGCGGUCUUCAGUGACAGCGUGAUGUACGUGUUCGGCGGCUUCAACAGCCUGCUGCUCAGCGACGUCCUCGUGUACACGUCGCCCAGCUGCGCGGCCUUCUCCAGCCUGGAGUCCUGCAGCCAGGCCUGGCCGGGGAUCCACUGCGUCUGGAACGGCACCCAAGGGACCUGCCUGCCCUGGGAGGGCGACGCCAUCGGAGGCGAGCAGCAGCUACCGGCCUCCUGCAACACCCGAUCAUAUGCUGACGAGCGGUGUGAACAGUACACAGACUGCUACAGCUGCACGGCCAACACCAACGGCUGCCAGUGGUGCUCAAGCCAGUGUCUGUCUCUGGGAAGCAACUGCACUUCUGCCACGGGGGCCAUAGGGGAGUAUGACGUUUGCCCAAAGGACAACCCCUCAUACGUGUGCAACAAGAAAACCAGCUGCAAGAGCUGCGCUGUGGACCAGAACUGUCAGUGGGAACCUCGCAACCAGGAGUGCAUCUCACUGCCAGAAAACGUGUGCGGUGAAAGCUGGCACCUGGUGGGAAACUCGUGUCUGAAGUUCCUCACGGCGAAGGACUCGUACGACAACGCCAAGCUGGCCUGCAGGAGCCACAACGCCGUCCUGGCCUCGCUGACCACGCAGAAGAAGGUGGACUUUGUCCUGAAGGAGCUGCAAAUAAUGAGCGUGGCGUACAAGUCCACAGUGACGCCGUGGGUGGGGCUCAGGAAAAUCAACGUGUCGUACUGGUGCUGGGAGGACAUGUCGCCCUUCACCAACACCACCCUGCAGUGGCUCCCCGGCGAGCCGAGCGACGCCGGCUUCUGCGGCUACCUGGCUGAGCCGGCGUCCAGUGGACUGAAAGCACAAACCUGCAUCAACCCGGUGAACGGCAGCAUGUGCGAACGGCCAGCCAACCACAGCGCCAAGCAGUGCCGGACGCCGUGCGCCAUGAGAGCCACCUGCAGCGAAUGCACCAGCAGCAGCUCGGAGUGCAUGUGGUGCAGCAACAUGAAGCAGUGCGUCGACUCCAACGCCUACGUGGCCUCCUUCCCCUUCGGCCAGUGCAUGGAGUGGUACACCAUGAACAGCUGUCCACCGGAGAACUGCUCCGGCUACAGAACGUGUGGCCAGUGUCUGGACCAGCCGGGCUGCGGUUGGUGCACCGACCCCAGCAACACGGGCAAAGGUCAAUGCAUCGAGGGCUCGUACCGCGGGCCCUUCCAGACCUCGGUCCCGGCCCCGUCCACCCUCCCCGGCCUGCCCGCCAACCCGCAGCCCGCCCUCAACGCCAGCAUGUGCCCCAGCGAAGCCAAGUACAACUGGUCCUUCAUCCACUGCCCAGCCUGUCAGUGCAACGGUCACAGCCAGUGUAUCAACGAGAGCGUGUGCGAGAAGUGCGAGGACCUGACAACCGGCCGACACUGCGAGAGCUGCAUCUCCGGCUUCUACGGAGAUCCGACCAACGGGGGCAGCUGCCAGCCCUGCAAGUGUAACGGCCACGCCAGCAUGUGCAACCCCAACAACGGCAAGUGCUUCUGCACCACAAAGGGCAUCAAAGGAGAUCGCUGCCACCUGUGUGAAGUCGAGAAUCGUUACCAAGGCAACCCCCUCAAAGGAACAUGCUACUACACGCUCCUCAUCGACUACCAGUUCACCUUCAGCCUGUCGCAGGAGGACGACCGCUACUACACUGCCAUCAACUUCGUGGCCACACCUGAGGAGCCAAACCGGGAUCUGGACAUGUUCAUAAACGCCUCAAAGAACUUCAACCUGAACAUAACCUGGGCCACGAGCUUCACCGCAGGCACUCAGUCCGGCGAGGAGAUCCCCAUCGUCUCCCGGAGCAACAUCAAGGAGUUCAAAGACAGCUUCUCCAACGAGAACUUUGAUUUCCGCAACAGCCCAAACAUCACCUUCUUCGUCUACGUCAGCAACUUCACGUGGCCCAUUAAGAUUCAAAUCGCCUUCUCGCAGCACAGUAACUUCAUGGAUCUGGUGCAGUUCUUUGUCACGUUCUUCAGCGGCUUCAUUAUCGAGCAGGGAGCCUCUCCGUCCUCGGAAUUCGGACAGCGAUCCAUCACCGGGAUUUGUGGAAAAACGGAGUGACAUUGACCCCCAGACCGUGAUGUGCGGCCCGGAGCGUGCAGGUCUCGCUGUUUUCCUCUCACACUCGUCUGUGUUUGUACACAAACGUCGGCCUCCAUCAGCGUCACCAGCACCGCUGACGGGGCGGCUGAUUGGUGAUUGACAGCAGGACAGAGUGUGGAGGACUCUGCGGCGCAGAAGAAAAACACUGUGUGGCUGUAAUUUUAUCCAACUGUCGGGCGAAUGUUGUUCAAACUUUUUAAAAUUGGUAUAAAAAUUAAUUUUCUUAAUAUUUAUUCUUUAUUGGCAAUGUUUUGGAUAAAUGUAAUAAAUUAAAUUGAAUUGUCGCUGAACUGUCAUCGGUUACUUGACAGAAUACACCAAAAUACAUGUUAUUAAAGCCACAGAUCACAAUAUAUGACAAAUAAUGGCAACACAAUAACCUGGAGUUACACAGUUGAAGUCUGUCAUCAUUGUGAAAAUGUGUGCUUUCCUUUUUAUUCUUUGUAAAUGGUUUGAGAAAGAAAACUCGGAUGUUCCCAAAAGGGAAGGAAAUCCUCAGUUUAUAGAAUAAACCCAACAUCAGCUAGUUGCUCGCUCUCUCUCGCUCAAUUCAAUGUGGCUUUAUUGGCAUGAAAGUUUGAAACAAUAAUGGUGCCAGAGCAUUAGAAUACAAAACAGAACAUUAUGAUUGUUAUAAAAUAAUGAUAUUGAAUUGACAACAAAAACAUACAUACAUGUCAACAAAAAUAUGCCUCUUACUCACUCCCCCUUCUUCCUCUCGAGACUUCAGAAAGAGAGAGACGGAGAGGCAGAGAGACACUUAACUCUCAUUCUAACCCAGUCCGCCUGUCCUAAGGGGCCUCCCCGGGCACUCUGCAGGGGCUGCCGCAGGUGCUGUGCCAGCUCUCCCUUCCUCUCUGAGCUGUCCUGUGUCUUUUUCUCUCUGUGAAUCUCGGCCUCCUCUUCCUCUUCCAUCUUUAUGCCGGCCUUUGUUGCUGAAUCCUGCGCUGGUCCGUUUACCCCCCCCCCCACCUCGGUGUGUCUUUUUGUUUUGUUGUUUUUCUUUAUCUCUGUGCUGCUUCUCUCCACCUUCUUUCUUUUUCCUUCCACAUUUCCAACCUUCUCUCCACCCCCCUUUCCCCCACCCCUCUAUCUUGCAUUCUUUAACACUCUCUUUGUAGCUGACCUCAUUGUCAGGUCAUCAGCGAGGAGCCAGAGUGAGAUACGAGGAGGAGAUGGAGAUAGAGGGAGUGCAAGGAGGCGCCUCGUGGCUAAACACCCCCCGAUAGGUCCGCGAGGAGCUGAAAGCCGCUCUGCGUCCCGAUUAAUAAUAAAUGACUCGGAUCAGUCGGUUUGACUCUCUGCUGCUGCUGCUCCUCCUCCUCUUCCUCACCUGUAAUGAGUAAGGAAGAGAACAAAGGGAACAGGGCAGUACCUCCUGGGGAGUCCCAAGAGGGAGGCAACGUCUUUUCUUCCCAUCGGCCUCGUGUCUACAUGUGUCUUAAGCUCUUCGGGUCCCUUCUACAUUACAUUACAUAUCACGGGUCUCUUGCCGCGUGGAAGGUUCACUCAUCUGUGUUUGUUUGUUUUUUUUGCAAGCUUUUAUUUGAGGCGAAGCGUCGUCUUUGAACCCCUCAUGGUGCAGGAUUGGGGAAAAGUCCCUCCUUUUUUUUCUUCUGCCGGUUCUUUUAUUAGUUUUGGUCUGAUCUCUUUACCUGUUCAGAAUGAGAGGUGCAUUGGUUCGGCUCACUCCAGUUGUCAUUGGGAAGCUGCUCCUCUAUUCACUAAUCCUUUUCUAAAUCCUCCCUUUCCCUCCGUUGUUUUCGUCCCUGUUUCUCUGCCGUUUUUAGAUUUUUUUUUUUUUCACAUCUCAGGCAAGUGGCAUGCUCCCCCAACAAACUCAGUUAGCAAGUUG